AUGCCGCCGCGUACGCCCUCUGACCCAGACCUCUUCUCCUUACCCGCUGAGCUGCUGCUCGCAAUCGCCCGCCGGCUGGACGUGUGCUCCCGACUAGCCCUCGGCUCGACCUGUGGCUGUGCGCGGCUCCUUGUCGUCAACGCUGCAGUGCUCGAGGUCCAGCUCAGCAGCCGGGCCGCCGGGCUGCUCUACGAGGCCAGCGUGAAACUGCAGGUCCGCAAGAGUGAUAAUCCUUUGAGCCGCGCUAGCCACGCCAUGCGAGUCAAGGGCCGCGUGCUGCCCUUGUACAGCGCUCUCCACCCAGAGAGUGAGAAGUUCUCGCUCUGCGGAGAGGUGUCCCUCUCGGAUGCGGACGGAGGCGUGGACGUCUGCGGCACUGCGCGCAUGCGGCGCAGUGCGCGAGACGAGAGCCGCCACUUGCUUCCGGUCGGUCUCGCUCCGGACUGCUCGUGCCUCGGCCUCUCCGACGGCGUGCUCUCUGCCGCGCCGCUCGCGGCGCCUCCCAUCGCCCCGCCUCCCCUCCGCGAGCUGCCUCGUGUGAGCCUGAAGAGCUCCCUCCUCGUCCUCGACCUCAGCCGCGCACAGCGCGUCUGCUCGCUCGCCGCCUCCGGCAUGGCCCGCCUCCGCACCGUCCGGCUGCCUCCCUCGGCAAAGGCCGUCUGCCUCGAGGCCUGCUCCUCCCUCGCCGACCUCCGACCCACGGACGGCUGCCCCGACCUCCUCUCGCUCCGCCUCGACGGCUGCCGCCAGCUCCGCGGCGCCUCCUUCGCCGACGCCUCUUGGUUCGCGGCAUCGCUCGCCGAGCUCGACCUGAGCUGGUGCAGCCGCGUCGAGGGCAGAGACGUGGCGGCGCUCCUGCGAAGCGCCAUGUCCCUCCGCUCGCUCAGUCUGCGAGGCUUGCGCCUCGGCGGGCUCCUCGAGGCAAGCGAGCAGAGCGGUGCGCUGCCCCGCCUCUCCGCCCUCGACGUCGGCUUCUCGUCCAGCAUCGGCUCGGAGGCCGUGCUCGCCUUCGCAGAAAGGAGGAGUGAGCUGCUGCGCUGCAACCUGCGCGCGGCUGGCACCGUCAGCGCCGACGUCUACAACCGGAACCGGCGGCGGCCCAAGCAUCUCGCAGCGCGUGUCGCGGAGCCCUUCUACUACCUCAAGCGAGCGCGGCGCGGCGGCGACGGCGCGAGUUGA